CGUGUGUGUGUGUGUGUGUGUGUGUGUGUGUGUGUGUGUGUGUGUGUGUGUAGCUUUUUUCCCACAGAGCUAUUCAACUGUCCCAGAAACAUUUGUGAAAGCCUUUCCCCCAUUACAAUGACAAGGUAGCUCCGUCAAAAAAUUAAGACUAUUCAUGUGUGAAGCUGUUAAUUUACCCUCUGUUAUUUCUGCUUAUAGACUUAUGCAAACACCACGGUACCGACUGUCAGUUAUUAUCACCUUACCGUAAACCUUCAAGUUAGCUUGAGUUCUUCAGUUUGUUUCCCAAAGCUACUCUGGGUGUUCUAGGUCGUUUGUGUAUAGGACUCUUCCUUAGGUCUGCCCAACACACUGGCAGCCAGAUGGGUGCGUAGGCACUGCGGGUUCGCCCCACCCUCCCCAUUGGAGCUCCCCGAGUCACCGCCCACUGUCCCACUCUCACGCAGCCAGGCGCGGGAUUCCCCGAUAAGGGCUUCCCCGGGGCCGCGCAGCUGGGCAAGGAGCCCCGGUGGACAGGUCCACACCACUCCCUCGCUGCUUGCUAGGAGCCCCCAGAGCUCCCUGGACUAGAAGCACCACCCAGCUAGGGGCACUUCCAGAAGGGGAACAUCUCCUACUGGACCUCGACAAGGAACUACUGGAUGAAGCUUCCCUGAACAGGGUGCAUCCCCAACCGGGAACACCCUGACCUGCCUUAACACCCCACUGGAGACUCCAGGUCCAGAGCAGCGUUCUGUCCCCCAGCAGCCUCCACCAGCGCUGACAGUGACAGCCGCUUGCUUGUGCCUCCCUUCUUGGUUUCUGUUUUUCUUUUCUUUUCUUUUCUUUUCUUUUUUUUAAAUCUCCCUCUUUUCUUUCUAGUUGCCUUAUCUCUUUAAUCAUACUUCUGGGUCCACUUGAGGCUCUUCUCUUUGGUUUCCUGUUUAAGGGGGGUGGGGAAAGGAUGGUUAACUUUUCUCUCCUGCUUUCUGAACUCUUGCUUCCACAUCAAGACCAGUGAAACAGAAGGAGGAGUCCUUGGCCCAGCCUGGGAGCUGAAGAAAUAAUUUGACAUAAACUCUUAAACAUGCAUUAUAAAGAAUUACUCUUUGCACUUGGAGUACUUAUGUUUAGACUCACUUCAGAGUAUUGCAUUUCACGUAAUUCUGUUAAUGCAAUUGAAGGAGAAUGUUUCCACCUGAGCUAUUGUCUAGAUUCAACUAGCCAUAACCAUUCAACAACCCCCAUAAAAUGGUAUAAGAAUGCCACCGAGCUAAGCUCCAACAGUUCAACCAGAAUUAUUGCCCAUAAUAAUAAUUUGGAGUUUUGGCCAAUUGAGUUGGAUGACAGUGGAGUUUAUGAACUUCACACUGGAAACAAUAUUUUGGAAAUCACAAUAAAUGUCUUCAGAAAAAGUGAAAACAGCUGUUAUACUGAGAUGCAUGUAACAAGUCAGUCUGUGGAAGUUGGUAACGCUUUGAACAUAAACUGUAAAUAUGAUUACGAUGGAAUACAGAAUAACAGGACAGUAUUGUAUAAGAACUGCAGUAUGAUGGAGAAUUAUGGUAAUAAUUCAUCACAAAUACAAAUAAGUAAGAAUGCUGAGUUUAUGGAUCAGGGAUAUUAUACCUGCAGUUUUUCAUUUUCUCAUAAUGGAAAACUAUGGAACACCACCAGGACCUACAAUAUAACAAUUACUGAACGAAGAAAUAUACUGCUCAACUGCUCUGCUACUAAAAAUAAAGAAAGUGUAUUUUACUGGAAUUUCGAGACAAAUGAGUCUAAUGUACAUGAAGAAUCUGAACCACAAACUCAGGAUGACGAAGACAAAAGGCUUGUUUCAAAGAUAUUGAGAAUUGAGACUAUUAAUAAAGGAAAUCUAAAUACUAAAUAUAAUUGUGUUCUGAGCACAACAAAAAGAACAGAAAUAAAAACCUUCAUCUUAGUGCAAAAAGAAAUGGAUGAUAUCCCAGGCCACAUCUUCACUAGAGGAAUGAUCACAGUGAUUUUUAUCUCAGUGGCAGUUGUGUGUCUAGUGAUUCUGAGCGUCAUCUAUAGAGUUGACUUGGCUCUGUUUUAUAGGUAUUUAAUGAGAAGAGAUGAAACAUUAACAGAUGGAAAAACGUAUGAUGCUUUUGUAUCAUACCUAAAAGAAUGUCGACCUGAAAAUGGAGAAGAGCAUACCUUUGCUGUGGAGAUCUUGCCCAGGGUCUUGGAAAAACAUUUUGGGUACAAGUUGUGCAUAUUUGAAAGGGACGUUAUGCCUGGAAGAGCUGUUGUUGAUGAAAUCCAUUCACUGAUAGAGAAAAGCCGAAGACUAAUCAUUCUUCUAAGUAAAAAUUAUAUGUCUAGUGAAGUCAGGUAUGAACUUGAAAGUGGACUCCAUGAAGCAUUGGUGGAAAGAAAAAUCAAAGUAAUCUUAAUUAAAUUUACAUCUGUUAGUGACUUCACAUUCUUGCCCCAAUCACUGGAGCUUUUGAAAUCUCACAGAGUUCUGAAGUGGAAGGCUGACAAAUCUCUGUCUUAUAACUCACGGUUCUGGAAAAAUCUUCUCUAUCUGAUGCCUGCAAAAGUAGUCAAGCCAUAUAAAGGUGAAAUAGAAUCUUGCCCGUUCAUUGACAGAUCUUCAAAAAAGUGUCAGUGGGGAGAAAGCCAAAAGGCUUCUCAUGCUUGAGACACCAGAGGUUCUAGGUUCAAUUCCCAGAACCACCAUAAGCCAGAGUUGAGCAUUGUUCUAUAAUUUUUUUUGUUUUGUUUUGUUUUUCUUUGCUUUUGUAUCUAAACUUUUUUUUUCACUAGUUUACAAAAUUACAAGAUAACAGGAGUACAAUUCCACACCAUUCUUAACCACCAGAGUUCUGUGUCCCCAUUCCCUCCAUUGGAAACUCACUGCAUGUUAAGUGAGGUCAGCCAGAAAGAGAAGGAAGAAUAUGGGAUGAUCUCACUCAUAGACAGAAGUUGGAAACCAAAAAGAACUUGUAUUAGAAAUUGCACUAAUUCUCCCAAGAUCACAGAUAUGGGUAUUAACUAUGAUCUGUAUAUUUGUAUAAUUAUUUGUACAAUUGUCUGUCUACCUACCUACCUAUCUAUAUUUUUGCCCAUUUUUUUUUUCCUGAUCCUGCCUACUCUUUCUUUCUAAGUCACAUCUGUAGCAGGGCUUCAGCCUCAACAUGAGUCUAAUGUACAACUGCAGGUCCCUGGCCCUUGGAACCUCCGCCAUACAGUUUGGUUCAUUUGAUCUAGUUAUGGAAACUUCUUUUUUUAAUUAAUUAAUUAAUUAAGUUUAGUUACGAGAGAGAUACAGACAGAAAGAGACCAGAACACUGCUCAACUCUGGCUUAUAG